CGGUUUGUCCGCAUCCGACCGGAAGCGGAAGCAGACGACAGAAUAAGUACCGACGUUCAGCUACUGCCACAGUCCUGCGCUUUGUUUGUUGUUUUAUGGAAAGAAGAAUGUACGCUUGAUCCAACUUGAGACUCAUUCCUUGAAAGUGUCGAAUAAUGGCCAAAGAAAAGCGACACAAGCGGAGGGACUCCCCGGAAGUGAAAGUGAAGGUGAAGCAAGAGAAGCUCAGCCCGGAGAGGCCGCGAAAAACACGCCGCUCGCCGAGCAGCAACAGCAGCCCAGCCAGGAGGAGACGAACCAGCAGGUCGCCCGGCAGGACCAGGAACCGCUCUGCGGGAAGGAGAGAGGCCUCCCCGGCCCGACGAGGCAGCAGAAGCCCGCGGAGGAGAAGUCCUCAUCGCAAUGCUGACGUCAAGCUAAAGCGGGAGCGUGAGGAGCAUCGCUCUGCCGGAGAGGACCACAGAAGAAGAAACGAGCUGCCGGAGGAAAGGCGCAGCCGGUGGGAAUCGGACCGGCCUCCGGACAGAGACCGCAACGGCGACCGGCGACGGGACCGCGAUGCCGCCUCCUCCCAGCAGGCUGAGCGUCGGCAUCACGACGAGCAGCGCCGGGAAACCCGCCGGCAGCGCGAGGAAAACCAAGAGCUCGACUUCGGGCGUCCCGACAGCGGAGGUAACAGUCCGACCGAGCCUCCCCCCGACAAGGAGAAACCAAACUUUGGUUUGUCGGGAGCGCUUACGGAAGACACGAACACGUUCCGCGGAGUCGUGAUCAAGUACAACGAGCCGCCCGAGGCUCGCAUUCCCAAGCGGCGAUGGCGACUCUACCCUUUCAAGAAUGACGAGCAGCUUCCAGUCAUGUACGUUCACCGACAGAGUGCCUAUUUGAUGGGGCGACAGCGGAAAAUUGCCGACAUUCCCAUUGAUCAUCCAUCCUGCUCCAAGCAACAUGCGGUGUUCCAGUACAGAAUAGUGCCGUUCACGCGGGCCGACGGCACCACGGGCCGCCGCGUCAGGCCUUACAUCAUCGACCUGGGCUCGGGCAACGGCACCUACCUGAACAACCAGCGCAUCGAAGCCCAGCGCUACUACGAGCUGAAAGAGAAGGACGUGCUCAAGUUCGGCUUCAGCAGCCGCGAGUACGUCCUCCUGCACGAGUUCUCCGACACCAGCGAGGUGGACGCCAAGCAGGAGGAAGAAGACGAAGACGAAGGCCUGGAUGAAGCCAAUGACGCUAACGAGGAAUCAGCAAGUUAAUCUUUUUUUCUUGCAAUGUCUGUUUGAAAGACAGGGACAUUUGCCACAUGUGCUAAAUGUAUACAUAGUUGUACUCCCCUUUCUUCUUUUGUCUGAUCAGGGAUCUCGCAGCAGUAAAUGUACAUUUACAUUUUUAUACUGUAAAUAAAAACAGAACUAUUUGA